AUGGCAGCAUACGACACGAAAAAUUCCCUCAAUUCUGGCGAAUAUCGUGACCGCUUCACCUCCAGCACCGUGGAUAACAAUAUCGCAUAUCAACAACCACCUUCACCACCUCCUCCUCCCCAUUCCCCUUCUUCCUCCCGCUCCGACGCUCCUCCAUCGCCCGGCCCACCUCCGUUUUCGUCGCUAUACUUCUCCCCUGAACCCGGGCCUAAAGACACUGUAACAGAAUCGCCCGUCCCCGGUGUCCUCGCGUUUGCCUCGACUGCAUCCCGUGAAGAACGCCCGGCCUCGCAUUCCCUCGCCACCACAUCUUCUGUUAUCGCAGAUACAAAAGCCGCUCUUUCAAAGGAUACCCGAGGAGAGUCUUCAGGGAAAAGUCGAGACGACGCCGAGCCUCCACCUCCUUAUACAGAGGGUUCAAGCCCGCUCCUGUCAUUUUCGUACGUCAUGGCGGCUGCGGGAGGGGCUGCAAGUAUUAUCACGCAAGUCCAACAGACAGGAGGGCCGCCUUUGAAUACCCUGGGAGACGUCGGAGGCGACGAGAAUAUCACUCUCGAUUUACGGUUCGUACCCUUUGUUCCCCAUAUGUUUCUGGUAUUUCCUGUUCGUUACGAUGUUGAUUCAAUUGCUCAUAGAGGCACACGAUUCACACUGUCUCGCGAUGAAUUGCUGACAUUACCGGAAUUUGUCUUACUAUCGCUUUUUCCUAAUGGGCUACUUCCAGAUAGCCAUAUGGGGGCGUUUAAUGAAGGUGAUGUAUACUCAGUUGAUUACGACCCUACAUCCCUUCAGUAUAUGCUUGAAUUCUUCCGAUCUGUAGCACAGUCAAUACCGUCUCCCACACCGUCACCAACCACUUCGCCCGAUGCAGAUCCACUCGAGUCCCUUCAAAACUCUCAGCGUGACAUGCUCCAGGAUCGUGCAGGUAUUAUAGUACUCCGUGAAGACCUGGAUUUCUAUGCAAUACCGCCCAACUCGGAGGUUGAGCAUCCAGAAAUGAUGGACAUCAAACGAGCCGCUGGUAAAGCAUUACUUAAACAGGAUGGUAUUUUUUCAGGCCUUCGGAAGACUGACGAGGCUGGAACAACGGAACAGCAUUUAAUUGAAAUGUUGACUGCAGGCGGGUUUAACCAUGAUGACUGUUGGGGUCACCGUGCCGCGGAGCCUAAUAAAGCGGUAGUAUGCAGCCUAGCAUUAGCUAGAUUACGAACCGAUAUACGUGGCGAUCUCAACGGCAACAAUGCUGUAGGUAUGGCGCAAAAAUUGCUGCUCUUUUGGAGGAAACCAGCGCGAAGGUGCUGGUGGGAAGGCGUCGAGCUAGAAAAUGUAGACGGUGUAGAGGGCAAGCUCAAAGUCUGGAUUCGAAGGGUGUGGACACUCGAAAUGAGUGUGAUCGGAUUACGCUAA